AAAAUUAAGUGCUCUAUAUUUUUUUUACUCUCACCGAGCACAUCUAACUCUUUAAUUCUCAUCCAUGGAGAACCUCAAAUCAACCUUCCCAAUUUUCACUACCAACCCAUUUUUCUUCAAAACAAAAGCUAUCAAACCAUCCAAGUUUUCAAUCAAGCCACCCCCACCAGACUUUGAUUUUAGAACAGAAAUUAUGGAUGACUCUAGAGCCAAAAUAGCCCAAACUCACCCUCAGUUGCUUGAUUUGGCUAAUAAUGGGAGCUUGGUAUUGAUUGAGAAAAGUCAGUAUGGUCCUGUACCAGCAUGGAGGACCGAGUUUGUGGAGCCUGAGGCGAUAUGGCUGGUUGGAACUACGCAUAUAUCAGAGGAAUCAGCUGUGGAGGUUGAGCGCGUUGUGCAGACUGUGAAGCCUGAAAAUGUAGUGGUGGAGCUAUGUAGAAGCAGAGCUGGAAUUAUGUACACUUCCAAUGAUGGUGAGGUUGGCCAACAACUUCGUUCAAAUAUGUUUUCUUUGAGUGCGACUGGCUUUUUUGGUGCUGUUGGUCGUAGCAUAAACUUAGGGGGUCAGACCGCUCUAGCACUUCGUCUACUGCUGGCAAUUUUUUCCUCAAAACUCUCUUCAGAUAUCAACCGCCCUUUUGGUGAUGAGUUCCGAGCUGCUCGAAAAAUAUCUGAAGAAAUUGGUGCUCAAAUAGUUUUGGGGGAUCGGCCAAUUGAAAUUACGCUUGAAAGGGCUUGGAAUUCUUUGACAUGGACUGAGAAACUAAGUUUGGUGACCUCAGUUAUUCGUGGGAUAACAUCAUCGUCCGAUAUGUCUAGGAACAGUCUCAAGGAACCAAGUUCAGAUGAUGGAACCUUUCAGCUCUAUGAGCAGCUCAGUUUUUCAUUUCCAUCACUUCUGCAGCCUCUUAUACACGAACGAGACACUUACCUAGCAUGGUCACUAAAGAGGAGCAAAGCUGUGAAUAACAGUAAAAGAGUUGUGGGGGUGAUUGGAAAAGGCCACAUGAAUGGAGUGAUAUAUGCACUAGUAUCAGACCAAGGAGACUUGCGGUUUCGAGAUCUUGCAGGGAAGAGGCCAAAUGGUGAUGGCUCCAACCGGUGGGUUGAUGGUCUUCUUAAGAGUUUGGUUAGAGAUACUGUAAUUGGCAUUUUGUUGUGGGCAUUAUAUGAAGAGAUAAAAGGUGUACUAUAAAGUUCAAUGGUCCUGAUUUUCAAUUGUUGUCAGUUUGUCCAAGAUUCAAGUUAGAAAAGUAAUUAAAAAAAUUGGAUGAUAAUUUGAACAACUAGUAUUCUUUUAUAAUUGAAAUAUAAUUGUUAUUUUGUA